GAAGGUUCUAUCUUCUAUUAGGUGUUCAUCCUACCAUAGCUUGUAGAACUGUGACCCAAUUUUUCACAGUGCGUGUCAUUAACUAUGCAAAAUGUGGGCUCAAGCAUAUCUGCAAAAAUGUUCUUCAUGUGGUGUAGAGCCGCGUGAGGAAGUCCUCCAGGUUGAGAGCAGUAGGAUUAUAUUGCCUGGUAACACCUUGGAGCUAUUCCAUCGUCGACUGACAGAUGAGGACUUACACGCAAUCCUACAAGCAGCAGUGUUGAGUUUACCAUUAAGUGAAUUAGUCGUGCCGUACAACAAUAUUACUUCUGUUGGUUGCAAAUACCUUGAGGAAGCCUUACGGCAUGAUCUGGACACGAUGAUGGUAAUUGACCUUUCGUACAAUUCGAUCGAAGGUGACGGGAUUAAGGAAUUAACAAAUGCAUUGGCAACUAACCGGGGCGUGGUCCAGCUGAAGCUUGCCGGCAAUCCGCUUGGAAGCUCCUGCGGUGAUGCCUUUGCAUCAAUUCUGAAGCAAAAUCAUUGUCUUAGCGUGCUUGACCUGCACAGCACAGAUUUAGAUCUCAAAGCACUGAUGCCCAUAUGUCAUUCUCUUUCCCAAAAUACAGGGCUCAGUACGUUGCGCCUUGGACGACCUCUCAUUAGCAACCCUGAUGACGUCAACUACGCAGUCCAUUAUAUUGGUCUUGGACUUCGUGAAAAUGUGACGCUUCAGGAGUUGGAUUUAAGUUACUUUGAGAUGUACGACCGACAUUUAGACUCCUUACUGCCUUCAUUAUUUCUCUGUGGCAUCAUUCGGCUUUCACUGAAGGGGAACAAGUUUUCCCGUGCUGCAGGUCUUCUGCUUGCUGAACUACUAGAUUCGCGCGAGAAUUUCGACACGUUAGAUAUCAGCUCGAAUCGGUUAGGUGAUAUGGGUGCUACAGCGCUAGCCCGUGCUGUCGGCUGCCACCCCAGCUUGCAUACGCUGUUCUUAGGCCACAACGAAAUCGGUGAAACGGGCUUGGAGGCGUUGACAGAGGGCAUCAAGGACUGCACUUCCUUACAACGGCUUAAGCUUUGGGGAAACGCACUUGAUACCCCUAUUGCGGCGCACGCAAUGUUUUGCAUACAUGAACGACUUGAUCUUCUUGAGUACACAGACUUUAAGUUGUAUUUUUUAGAUGGAAAACCUGCAGUGUACAUGACACCUUAGAUGGAAAACCUCUAUGUGCACAGGCUGAUGUAAGUUUAUGAACAGGAAAGGAAAACAAAAGUAUAAUAAACCAUUCUCAUUCAAUACAGUUUUCGAUUAA